AUGACUGUCGACAGUAGUUUUCUGCCGCUGAAAAAAACCAAGGAAAUCCUGGUCCAAGAAUCGGAGGGAUUUCCCAGUGAUGUUCCAAACGGAUGUACCAGCCAUAAGGCAUUGGCGCCAAUAAUUUUGUUCGGGCAGAUUUUCUCGCUUAUGCCUGUGGGUGGAUACUUUGAGGAAAAUCCUGAGGAAAUAAAGUUUCGGUUCAUAAGCCCGAGAUUUUUGUACAGCUGCAUGACGCUGUUUAUAUUUGUGUCGAUUAUAGUUCUGUGUUUAUUGAACCUGGCGGAUCGCGGAUCUCUCAGUCUGAGCGAUGUCGCUACCAUCAUUUACUACACUGUAAUUUUGCUGGCCAUGCUGGAGUUUUUCGUCCUGGCCUACAACUGGCGCUCGAUUAUGACUCACUGGACCCGAGAAGAGCGCCCGUUUCUAUACUAUCCGUACGAAACGGGUCGCGGAUUACCGUUGGAAUCAUUGGUACGCCGGGUGGCGGCCGUAGUCAUCGUUUUCGCCUUCAUCGAGGACGUCAUGAACUUUAUCUCGGCCUUCAAACUCAACGAGACUCACAUGAAAUCGUGUCCGCACGCGAGCGAUUUUUGGCGCAAUUUUUUUCGCCGCGAGCAUCGAUAUAUCGUGCGAGUAAUUCCGUAUCACAAGGUCCUGGGGAUUGCCAUCGAGCUGAUGAUGCGGGUGGCCAAAUUCACGUGGCACUUCAUUGAUGUGUUUAUCAUUUGCGUGUGUUUGACGCUACAGCGGCGCUUUCAGCAGUACAACAACCGCAUCGAAAACAUGAAUGGCAAGGAACUGCCACAGUCCACCUGGAAGGAGCUACGGUAUGAUUUUCUCAGGCUGAGCGAAUUGAUAGCGUUUUUGGACGGGAAGUUCUCACGGCUGAUAUUGAUGGCCUGUGCCAACAAUAUGUUUUUCAUCUCGAUGCAGCUUUACAAUAUUUUUGACGUCAAACCGACGGCGUUUACCACCAUCUACUUCUGGUAUUCGUUGAUGUUCCUGAUCUGUCGCUGCUUCUGUGCCCUGUACAUCACUUCGGCCAUCUACGAGGCGUCGCUUAAACCGUUGAUACUGUUGCGUGAUUUUCCUACUGCCGGUUGGAAUUUGGACCUGCAGCGGCUGAUCGAUCAUGUUGCGCUGAAAAGUAUUGCCUUCUCCGGAAAAAGGUUUUUCUUCGUCACACGUCCGCUGAUUUUGGCUAUGGCCGGUACAAUCGUCACCUAUGAGCUGGUGCUUCUGGAUCAAGUCGAAAAGGAUCAAGACACAACGCUGGAUUGUAACUUCUAAUGGUCUGGUUUAUUGAAUUUGAAAA